CGAGCAUCGGUUCCACUUCUUUUGUUGAAACGGUUUAAGCUGACCGGGCUCUGCUCGGCUUGGUAAACUGAUUGCAGCUUGGAGCAGCUCCUCUCUGCAGUUUUGUUCGGCCUUGUUGGGACGCGAAUAUGAGUUUGACUGUAGCUCGGACGGAGUUAACAGUGAGGGCGUGGACUCGACGCGGAUAGCCUUGGCCCGAUUUCAACACACUGCAAAGGGCUUCAGCUGUCUUCCAGUAAUCCCAAAGAGGGAAAUAAAGGUGACUUAUCCUGUGAUCCUGACCAUCGUUAGUGUUGGUAUUUAGCUCAGAGCCAUGUGGAACCCACCAAAUGACCAGAGCGGACAGGUAGCUGCCAGGAUGGAGACCACUCCGUCUCUGGGGAGCGCCAGCAUCUCCGUCUCUCAGCAGCAGGCCCCCAAGAAGUUUGCCCCCAUGGUCGCACCCAAGCCCAAGUUCAACCCGUACAAACAGAUGGGAGACGCCGGCCUGUCUGACCCUGCAGUGGACUACCCUCCCCCUCCUCCCCCUGCCGAAGAGUUUACUGGUUUCCCGUCACCGCCCGGUUCCUUCCCCCCUCCGCCGGCGGAUAACUCAUUCGAUUACCAGAUGAAACGACCUGAGAAGACUCUGGAGGAGAGGCGCUCCAGCCUGGAUGCAGAGAUCGACUCUCUCACCAGCAUCCUGGAAGACUUGGAGAGCAGCUCGCCCUACAAGCCACGAGGCACGCAAAACGCCGGCUCCUCGGCCGGCUCUGCCCCCAACGCUCCGGUGACAGGUUACAAGCGCAUGGUCAUCCCCAAUCAGCCGCCUCUGACUGCCACCAAGAAGACGAUGCCCAAACCCCAACCUCAAGGGGGCGUCUCGUCCGUGCCGCCUCCCUCCGUCAGCCCCGUCGCCAGGCCUCAAGGCAACAUGGCUCCUCAGCCCGUCCCGGCCUCCUACACCACAGCGUCAACCCCGAGCCAGCCCACCUUCAACGUCCAGGUGAGGUCGGCCCAGCCCGGCCCCCAGCACCAAGCCCCGGCCGGCCACCAUUACGGCCAGCAGCCGAUCCGCGGCCCCGCUCAGGUGCAGUACAUGCCCGCGCAGCCCAGAGGUCCCGACUUUGCGUACGGGCCACCGCAGCCCGGGUUCUCCCCCAUGGCAUAUCAGGAGCAGCAGUACCCCGGGGGACCGCAACUAGGCGGAGUUAGCUCCAGGAGGCCCGACCCGGUCCCAGCCCCGGCCCAGGCGUACCAGCCGCCAGGCCCCAGAAAAACCUACAUCACAGAUGUCCCCCCGAGCUUGGCUCCGUACACCGCCGGACCAGAUGUUCAGCCAAAGGGCGGCGCUCCCGCCUCGCACCCAGAGGACGAACUAGCGCGCCUGACCAAAAAGAUGCUGUUCGACAUGGACAACCCUCCGUCCGACGAAUAUUUCGGACGCUGUGCCAGCUGUGGGGAGAACGUGGUGGGCGAGGGCACCGGGUGCACCGCCAUGGACCAGGUGUUCCACGUCGACUGCUUCAUCUGCAUGACCUGCAGCAAACCCUUGCGCGGCAAACCCUUCUACGCUGUGGACAAGAAGGCGUACUGUGAGCCCUGCUACAUCAACACUCUGGAGACCUGCAACAUCUGCAGUAAGCCGAUCAUGGAGCGCAUCCUGCGGGCGACGGGCAAGGCCUACCACCCUCACUGCUUCACCUGCGUGGUGUGUCACCGCAGCCUGGACGGGAUCCCCUUCACCGUGGACGCCUCCAACCACAUCCACUGCAUCGAGGACUUCCACAAGAAGUUUGCUCCGCGCUGCUGUGUGUGCCAUGAGCCCAUAAUGCCGGCGCCGGGCCAGGAGGAGACCGUCCGCAUCGUGGCCCUGGAUCGUGACUUCCACGUGAAGUGCUACCGCUGCGAGGACUGCGGCUGUCUGCUGUCUGAGGGGGACAACCAGGGCUGCUACCCUCUGGAUGGACACGUCCUCUGCAAAAACUGUAACACCAGCCGCAUCCAGGCGCUGACCGCCAAGGCCACCACUGAUCUCUGAGCAGCCAGCCCAGCCAGCCGCCCCGCUCAGCUCCACUGUGAUUACCCAGCAAGCGCUCUCUUCCUUCUUCCUUUCAUUCCCAAAUACCCAUCCAUCGAAGCUACACACACACACACACACACACACACACUCUCACACACACACCUGUAUAUGCCUCUGUAUUUAUGUUCACCUUAAGAUACAAGAAACAGCAUCAUGUGUUCACCUUCGACACGUAGCACCGACGCGGUACAACCACUGCAGGGAAGCUUUGUGCUAUUGAGCUCCGCUUUAGAGCCAGCUUCUAGUUACAGGAAGUGAGCUGCUGCCUUUCAUAUUCACGCCCAACCUAUCAGGUAUCCAUCA